AUGCAAAUGCAAAUGCAAAUGCAAAUGAAACCUGAUAACCUCUGUGUCUCUUCCCUCGAGCUCCGAAACUUGAAAGAGACUCGACCAGAUGCUCGAUAUCCCGAUGGCUCCCUAGCCCUGCUAGUCCUGCUAGCCCCAGCAGAUCUUGACCAUCACAGGCUUAAAUCGCACCGUGAUGAUUCACCAGACGCAAAGAAACCGGAUCUCAUUGAUCCAUGGCCUAUGAUGCCGAAGGUUAAGGCCUCGUUGGGUUUAGAUCGACUGCAUCGAAUUCUGAAAGAAUACGGUAGACUUGAUUAUCGAAAAAUGUACAUCGGAGCUUGGAAUCAUUUAUAA